CCGUUGCAGAAAGAAGCCGCGGAUUUGAUUUUACGCCGCUAGCAAGCUAGCACUUACUGUUUUGAGCAUAGUUUUAUACACUGCAUUGUUUUUGUCUCUAAGAAUGGCACGCUUUUUAUAGUCAGAGCGAUAAUUGUAAAAAGGAAAACUCAAAAUGAAUCUCGACAGAAUUCGAAAGCGAGUACGGCAGUACAUUGACCAGCAACAGUAUCAAAGUGCUCUGUUUUGGGCCGACAAGAUAGCGUCCCUGUCUCACGAGGAUCCCCAGGAUAUCUACUGGCUAGCUCAGUGCCUUUACUUGACCUCACAGUACCACAGAGCCUCCCAUGCCCUCCGCUCACGGAAACUUGACAAGUUGUACGGAGCUUGUCAGUAUCUUGCUGCUAGGUGCCAUUAUGCUGCCAAAGAGUUCCAGCAGGCCUUGGAUAUCCUGGACACAGAGGAGUCAGCUUGUAAGAAGCUGCUGGACAGGAGUGCGAAAGAGGACAGUGGGACACCAGAGUCGGCCAAGGAUUGGGACAUGUCCCCUGCCGCUGUCAACAGCUCCAUCUGCCUCCUGCGGGGUAAGAUCUAUGAUGCCAUGGACAACAGACCACUGGCCACCUCGAGCUAUAAAGAGGCCUUGAAACUGGAUGUGUACUGCUUUGAAGCCUUUGACCUUUUAACGUCCCACCACAUGUUGACCGCUCAGGAAGAAAAAGACUUCCUGGACUCACUUCCUCUGAGUCAACAGUGCACUGAGGAGGAGGAGGAGCUAUUACACUUCUUAUUUGAGAAUAAGUUAAAGAAGUAUAACAAGCCCAGUGACUUGGUGGUGCCAGAGAUGGUCAAUGGUCUUCAGGACAACUUGGACGUGGUGGUGUCUCUUGCCGAGAGACAUUAUUAUAACUGUGAUUUCAAGAUGUGCUACAAACUCACCUCAACGGUGAUGGUUAAAGACCCCUUCCAUGCCAACUGUUUACCGGUCCACAUAGGAACUCUGGUGGAGCUUGGAAAAGCAAACGAAUUGUUUUACCUCUCGCACAAACUUGUAGACUUGUAUCCCAACAACCCAGUAUCCUGGUUUGCUGUCGGGUGCUACUAUCUCAUGGUGGGCCAUAAAAACGAGCACGCUCGGCGGUACCUCAGCAAAGCCACCACACUGGAGAGGACGUACGGCCCUGCAUGGAUCGCCUAUGGUCAUUCUUUUGCGGUGGAGAGUGAGCAUGACCAAGCCAUGGCAGCAUACUUCACUGCUGCGCAGCUGAUGAAAGGGUGCCACUUACCCAUGCUUUACAUCGGCCUGGAGUACGGUCUGACCAACAACUCCAAGCUGGCAGAGCGUUUCUUCAGCCAGGCUCUCAGUAUCGCUCCAGAGGACCCGUUUGUCAUACACGAGGUGGCGGUGGUUGCCUUUCAAAAUGGAGACUGGAAGACGGCAGAGAGGUUGUUUCUCGAUGCAAUGGAGAAGAUCAAAGCCAUAGGAAACGAGGUCACGGUGGACAAAUGGGAGCCUUUGUUAAACAACUUGGGUCACGUGUGUCGGAAGUUGAAAAAGUACGACCAGGCUCUGGAGUACCACCGUCAGGCUCUGGUGUUAAUUCCUCAGCACGCCUCCACCUACUCGUCCAUAGGAUAUGUGCACAGCCUCAUGGGAGACUUUGAGAGCGCUAUCGACUACUUUCACACGGCACUCGGACUGAAAAGGGACGACACGUUCUCUGUGACGAUGCUCGGCCACUGUAUUGAGAUGUACAUCGGUGACACAGAUGCCUAUAUAGGCACGGACAUCAAUGACAAGGUGCGAGGUGGCUUGAACACUCCGGCGCUGAUCAAGAUGCUGAACACGUCGGAGCCCGGCGACCUCCUGGCCACGCCCAGAUUGGAAGACGCCAACAUCACGUCCUUGGAAACGCCGCUGUCCAAUCAGGACAAGAUGAUGCUGGAGACACCUCUGCGACUCUCCCUGACCCUCGAGUGCGACAUGUACGAGAGCGACAUGAUGCUGGACACCUUGUCGGACGCCAGCACGUGAUCUCAUCCCGUCGCGAGGCGGAACUGUCGCAGCAACGGGUUGUCAUAGGUACACAUAUCAGAGCCCAGGGACAGCUAUUGAACCGAAACUCUGGCACGUGUCCUCCACCAAUGGUUCCCUGUGGAUUCUCCCUCUUGUGCAUUAGAUAUGGUUGUUCCUGUAAGUGACAAAACACAGAACAUGCCGUCGUAAACAUUAUGAGCGUGGGUAAAAGUGUGUGAAUUGCUAUACAGCGCCUGUUGUAUUCAUUUUGCAAGAAUGCACUUUAAAAGGGGGAAUUAACAUGUGCCUCGGUGAAGGGGUUGAGUACUUGGACCUUGGGUUGAGCCCGGAGACCCCGGGAACAUGUGGCCCUCUGACACUUGACUGAGCAGAGCAAACACAGCCGCACACCUCGCAUCGUAUCUAACAGACUAAAAGUCACUUAUUACUGCCUAUGGCAGGAGCCUCCGUGUUACUCGACCUGUGGAUUUAAUAAAGAGCCAGCUUAUUACAAGCAGUUUUUGGUGAAAACUAUUCCUGGUGAUUACUUAAAUAAACCAUGCAUUUAUCUUAAAAG